CUCCUCCAUGACCAACUUCGAAUCACACUCUGUUCUACUCAUAUCCUUUCAUCAUCACUUAGCUUCAUAGAGAGAUUUCAUGUAAUAAGAUGAGCAACGACAAGGACAACUUCAACGUCUCCGAUCUUACUGCUGCUCUUAAAGAUGGGGAUCGAGCUGACCUUGUCAAUGCUCUAAAGAACAAGCUGCAGAAUCUGGCUGGUCAACGUUCUGAUGUGCUCGAGAAUCUGACUCCCGCUGUGAGAAAGCGUGUCGAUGCUUUGAGGGAUAUACAGAGCCAACAUGAUGAACUAGAGGCAAAAUUCCGUGAAGAGAGAGCUAUUCUUGAAGCCAAGUAUCAAAAGUUGUAUCAGCCUUUGUAUACCAAGCGUUAUGAGAUUGUGAAUGGAACUACUGAUGUUGAACCGGCUCCAGAGGAUAUUAAGGUGGACCAAGGAGAGGAAAAAACUGCAGAAGAGAAAGGAGUUCCAAGUUUCUGGCUGACAGCCCUGAAAAACAAUGAUGUUAUUUCCGAGGAGGUCACAGAGCGUGAUGAAGGGGCUCUCAAAUAUCUCAAAGAUAUAAAGUGGUGCAGGAUUGAAGAACCUAAAGGAUUCAAACUUGAGUUUUUCUUUGACACGAAUCCGUAUUUUAAGAACACUGUCUUGACAAAGUCUUAUCACAUGAUUGAUGAAGAUGAGCCACUGCUUGAGAAGGCUACGGGGACAGAAAUUGAUUGGUAUCCUGGAAAGUGUCUAACUCAGAAGAUUCUUAAGAAGAAGCCUAAGAAAGGAUCAAAGAAUGCUAAACCAAUCAUCAAAACCGAAGACUGUGAAAGCUUCUUCAACUUCUUUAGUCCUCCAGAAGUUCCGGAUGAAGAUGAAGAUAUCGACGAGGAAAGAGCUGAGGAUCUUCAAAAUCUGAUGGAACAAGAUUAUGACAUUGGAUCUACUAUUCGGGACAAGAUUAUUCCUCGUGCUGUGUCAUGGUUUACUGGUGAGGCUAUGGAAGCGGAGGAUUUUGAAAUAGGUGACGAUGAGGAAGAUGACAUUGAUGAGGAUGAUGAAGAGGAUGAGGAAGACGAAGAUGAUGAGGAGGACGAUGAUGAUGAUGAGGAUGAGGAGGAUGAAGAAGAAAGCAAGACCAAAAAGAAGCCAUCAAUCAGAAACAAGAAAGGAGGGAGAUCUCAGAUAGUUGGUGAUAAAGAACAAGCCUCUGAGUCUCUGACUCUGUUUCCCGCCGAUCUCGAAUUUUUUGUGAUGAUGGCUACCACCACCACCACCACCGUUAGAUUCUCUGAUUCUUACGAAUUUAGCAACACAAGCGGUAAUAGUUUCUUCGCCGCCGAGUCAUCGAUUGAUUACCCGGCGGAAUUUCUCACACCACCGGAGGUAUCAGCGCUUCAGCUUCUCUCAAAUUGCCUUGAGUCUGUUUUUGAUUCACCGGAAAAUUUCUACAGCGACGCUAAGCUAGUUCUCUCUGGCGGCCGGGAAGUUUCUUUCCACCGUUGUAUUCUCUCGGCGAGAAUUCCUGUCUUCAAAAUCGCGUUAGCCACCGUGAAGGAACAAAAAUCCACCACCGUGAAGCUCGAGCUGAAGAAGAUCGCCGCAGAUUACGAAGUCGGCUUUGAUUCGGUGGCGGCGGUUUUGGCGUAUGUUUAUAGCGGCAGAGUGAGGCCUCCACCAAAAGGAGCUUCUGAUUGCGUAGACGACGAUUGCUGCCACGUGGCUUGCCGGCCAAAGGUGGACUUCAUGAUCGAAGUUCUUUAUUUGGCUUUCGUUUUCCAGAUUCAAGAAUUAGUUACUCUUUAUGAGAGACAAUUCUUGGAAAUUGUAGACAAAGUUGUGGUCGAAGACAUCUUGGUUAUAUUCAAGCUUGAUACUCUAUGUGGUAAAACAUACAAGAAGCUUUUGGAUAGAUGCAUAGAGAUUAUCGUCAAGUCUGAUAUAGAACUAGUUAGUCUUGAGAAGUCUUUGCCUCAACACUUCGUCAAGCAAAUCACUGGCAUCCGCAAAGCGCUUGGUCUAGAGCCACCUGAACUACAAAAACAUGUCAAGAACUUAUAUAAGGCACUAGACUCAGAUGAUGUUGAGCUUAUCAAGAUGCUUUUGAUAGAGGGACACACCAAUCUUGAUAUGGCGUAUGCUCUUCAUUUUGCUAUCGCGCAUUGCGAUGUGAAGACUGCAUAUGAUCUCCUUGAGCUUGAGCUUGCGGAUGUUAACCAUAGAAAUCCGAGGGGAUACACUGUUCUUCAUGUUGCUGCGAUGCGGAAGGAGCCAAAGCUGAUAGUAUCUUUGUUAAUGAAAGGGGCAAAUGUAUUAGAUACAACAUUGGAUGGUAGAACCGCUCUCGUGAUUGCAAAACGACUAACUAAAACGGAUGACUACAAAACUAGUAUGGAGGACGGUACACAUUCUCUGAAAGGCGGAUUAUGCAUAGAGGUACUUAAGCAUGAACAAAAACUAGAAUAUGUGUUGCCUAGAGAAGCUUCACUUUCUCUUCCAGUGACUCCCGAGGAGUUGCGGAUGAUGUUGCUCUAUUAUGAAAAUCGAGUUGCACUUGCUCGACUUCUCUUUCCAGUGGAAUCUGAAAUUGUACAGGAUAUUGCCAAAUUGGACGAAACAUGCGAGUUUACAGCUUCUAGUCUCGAGCCUGAUCAUCACAUUGGUGAAAAGCGGACAUCACUGGACCUAAAUAUGGCGCCUUUCCAAAUCCAUGAGAAGCAUUUGAGUAGACUAAGAGCACUUUGUAAAACCGUGGAACUGGGGAAACGCUACUUCAGACGUUGUUCGCUUGAUCACUUUAUGGACACCGAGGACUUGAAUCAUCUUGCUAGUAUAGAAGAAGAUACUCCUGAGAAACGGUUACAGAAGAAGCAAAGAUACUUGGAACUACAAGAAACUCUGAUGAAGACCUUUAGUGAGGACAAGGAGGAACUUGGAAAGUCUUCCACAGCGAAACCAACCUCUGCGAUGAGGUCUAAUAGAAAACUCUCUCAUCGGCGCCUAAGGGUGGACAAACGGGAUUUUUUGAAACGACCUUGCGGGAGUGGGGAUUAGGGGAUAGUAAAUCAUAUCCGCAACUAAAAAUGAUGUCUCAUAUCUUUGUUAGUUUCAAAUAAAUUGAAACGAAAUAAGAUUUUUGGCCAUCCCUAUGUUUUGUCUUAUCACAUGUACAUAUAUCUUUUUCAUAUUUGUUAUUAUCUCUGUUUUUCGUCUCACUUUGCAUCAUAUGGAUUCUAGCUCCAAGUGCGUUUCAAACAAAUGUAGUAAUUUUUU